CCAUCUCCCACAUGCAGUGUCUGCGGUCCCAGUAACCGUUUAGCCAGGCCAGUCCGACUGGGGGAGAGUUGGAGGGCUGACAUGGACAGCUGAAAGGACGGGGCAAGGACAUCCAAUCAGAACCAAAAUGAGGAACAAACUAUGGCUCCAGACUAUUUCCUUCUUCCUUUUAUUCCAGUACACCGCAUGUCGUGAAAACCUCACUUGUUUUGUGGACUAUGUGCAGACCCUGUCCUGCCUCCUGAGGAAUGACCUGGGUGCCAGUUCAUACAAUGUCACUGCUACAUGGGUUGAUGAGGACGAUCCAGAAAACACUGUGGCAGCCUGCAGUCUCCUGGAAUUGUCCAGGAGCACCAACCACACAGAAUACAUUUGUACUGUGGACAUGACUGAGCUGCUGGCAGAUAUCAAAGUCCAGGUGGAUGUCACAGAGAUAGCUGACAGGCAGCAUGUGAUUUCCAGAAGUUUUUAUAUGAGAGAAAACAUCAGACCACAGCCUCCGUUCAAUCUGACUGCUGUGUUCACAGAAGGUUACAAUAUUUCUUGGGAAACCAUCUACCAGAACCCUCUUUUCUACUUUCUGAAUGAGGAGCUGGAAUAUCAGCUGCGUUAUAAGAGAGGGGCUGACACCUGGGAGACUCAGAAGAUUAAGUCUGUCCAUGAAGACAAACGGACACUGGUGAUCCUGCCAUGGGAACUCCAGGGGAACACUGAAUAUGAAUUCCAAGUGAGAGCCAGACCCCGAGAAGACACUGGCUACUAUGGAUUUUGGAGUGAGUGGAGCUCCCGGCUGACACUGAAAACCAGCCCUGCUGCCGUGACACAGAGAGCAGGCAUGGGGUGGAUGCUGUUCUUUAUUGUUGCCAUGGUGAUCACUGCCUCAAUCACAACCUUUCUGGCCAAGCAACAGAGCUUGUGGAAGAAGAUCGCUUGCAUCCCAGAUCCAUCUGCCUUUUUCAAACCACUUUACCUGAUGUAUAAUGGAGAUUUCAAGAAGUGGGUUGGUACAUCCCAUAUGAAAAUGACCAUUGAUUUAUUUGAAUGGGAAAUAGUCCCUUCAGAAGUCCUAGAAGUUUUCAGCAUGCGUCCUUCCAACUGCACCUCACAGGAGGAGAUAAAGGAGUUGAAAAAUGAUCUGCCUUGCAAGCCUUGUGUGUCCUGCCUGACCGCCCCAGUCCAAGACAGCCUCCUGUCAGGUGUGAACAGCAGCAGUGUGACUCAGGACCGCUCAUAUGGACAUUUGUCCAUUGACACUGUGACAGUGGCCGAUGAAUUUACACCUUGUAACUGCCAGUGCAGCUGUAACCGCAUGUACAGGGAACAGAAGCAUAAUGGUGAUGAAGAUAGUGCUGGAGAAAAUGGUUACCCCAAGGUUAACAUUGAUGAUGAAGACAGAAGGCCUUCCAGUGCCUUGCAUCUGUCUGACCUGAACUCACAGGACAAAAUUCUGGCCUCAGGCUCUAUGUCCACAGAUCACCUGAGGACUGCAGGUGCCCCAGGCCACCAGAAAGUUGAAGAGGCUGUGGAAGGAGGGAUGGGGAGCAUCCUAGAAGCCCUCUGCUUGCAUCCUAAUCAGUGGGAUUUGGAAAAUCCAGCUUCUCUACCUUCUCCUGAUGGUGAAAGUGUGUCCUACAGUGAAGGAUCCUGUGACUUUUUCCCACGCAGUGCAAGGCCUGGUGACAGUUACCCCAUGAUCUGCCUAGAUUUGGACACUAUUGACAGUGGCUUUGUGGACUCGGACUGUGGGAGUCCAGUUGACUGUGACUUUGAGCAAAAUAGCCAGACCAACUGUGGGUCCGUUUCUCUUGAGCAGGAGGGAGAGGACUUUCCGCGGAGCUAUGUCAAGCAGUGGAUCUCCUGCCAUGCUGACAGCCCUGCCAGCGGGACUCAGACAAACUGAGCAGUUGAUUUUGUUCUGCAGAGUAGAGGGCCUUUCCCAUCCUGUGCCAGAAGCAAAGUGUUGGCCAAAUUCAGAAGGAAAAGCAGAGUUUACUCUGUGUAAGCUGUACUGCAUACAAUGGAGAACAGUUACAUCCAUAGAAAUAUAGGUCUGUUUCUACUGCCACUCAUUCUGUCCACAUUGUAUCAAACCUGGCAUGAUUAAUUUUCUUUCAGCAUUCCUUGUCAAACCCUUAUAUAAUGACUACAGACUUUAAUUUUUCACAACAAGAAAAAGCAACUGUACCUUUAAAAUUGCUCCUUA